AUGUGGAAUCUCAUCAACUACACUGUUUACCCGUUAGCAUUUAAUUAUGUAAUAAGUACACUUUUGAAAGUAUUACAAUUUACUACACAGGUAAAUCCUAACCCUGCAAAAUACUUAAUUACUGAUGAAGAACAUAAAAUUGCUACUAAUUAUGAGAUGAGUAAGAUCAAACUUUUAAUCGUAACUGAGUUUUUCAGUUUUAUUAAAGAUUUAAUUAUGUAUCAGAAUAUUGAAAAGAUCUAUUCUUUUCUUACUAAUUUUAUGUGUUUUAAAGAUUUUAUUUUAUUAUAUUUUUUGUAUUACAUUCCUUUUUUAUGA